UUUUCUACCUUGGUCUGUUGCUUUCUCAACUGCACCAGAAGAAGAAAAGCGACCGCUUUGGAAACAAAAAAAGAGAGAAUGGGAGAAGAAAGAGAAGAUCCGCAGAAACUUAAGAGAAUAGCGGCGGCAGCCUACGACUACGAGAACGAUCCCCGAUGGGCAGAUUAUUGGUCCAAUAUCUUGAUUCCUCCUCACUUGGCUUCUCGCUCUGAUGUUGUUGAUCACUUCAAGCGCAAGUUCUACCAGCGCUAUAUCGAUCAUGAUCUUGUGGUAGAGUCCAUGCCAUCAAACAAACCAUCGCAAUCGGCAAAGUCUUCUGCUUCAUCCUCAACUUCAUCGUCAGCAGUAAAUGAUGAGGUUCGACCUCGCAAUGCAGGUUCGGCCUCUAGAAGUUCAGGGGCAUCAGCAGCUGCUGGUUCAAAUAGAACUUCUAUGCAUUGGGAUCGACAAACACUACAGUUUUCUGUCAAUGCUUGGGUUUUUAUUGUUGCUGUGCUAGCCAUCUUUCCACUUGUUCCUAGAAGUCUUUCGUACAGGGCUUACCGGCUGUCAUUUGUGGGCACUGCUUGUUCCUCUCUAUACUCUUUGUAUGCACUAUAUGGGAGACCAAGGGCGUGGAAUUUGCAGGCACUUCAAGUGUAUUUUCAGUCAAUUAUUGCAACUAAAGAUUUUAUAUACUUAAUCUACUGCCUUACAUUUGUCACUUCACAUCUUUUCCUUAAAUUUGCUUUGAUUCCUGUUUUAUGCCGAACACUUGAGCACAUCGCGAAGUUCUUGAGGCGUAAUUUCAAUCAUUCCACCUUGUAUAGGAAGUAUUUGGAAGAUCCUUGUGUGUGGGUAGAGUCAAACACGACUACCAUUAACAUACUCUCUUCGCAUGCUGAGAUUGGACUCGGCUUCCUUCUAAUUGUUUCCUUGUUCUCGUGGCAACGCAAUAUCAUACAAACUUUCAUGUACUGGCAGCUAUUGAAGCUAAUGUACCAUGCUCCGGUUAGUGCCGGUUACCACCAAAGUGUUUGGGUGAAGAUUGGGAGGACAGUUAAUCCUCUUGUCCAGCGUUAUGCACCAUUUUUGAACACUCCGGUUUCUGCAAUUCAACGAUGGUGGUUCAGAUAGUAGUAAAAACAUAUAGAUCAUAAACAUGAAUCAAUAGUUGAGAUAGUAGUAAAAAAUGGAUGAUAUAUAGAUCAUAAACAUGAAUCAUUCUACAUUUGCUUUUGUUAAAGAAGACUACUGAUUCGGGAUAUAGAUGAAGUAACCGUCUUGAGUGUGGAUGGAUGGAUACAUUAAUUCAACUAAUUAGUCUUUUCUCAUUCUUCUCAA